AUAUAACGCCGCUCAUGAUCUCUCCUUUUCAUUGAGAAGAUGUGUAGGUCGACAGAUUAUCACGGAGUUCAGUUCAACGGCAGAGAUCGCCGCCUGAGAAUCCGAGCCUUCUUUGUCCGCUUCUCGGGUCUGGACCCGGUGCGGAAGCCCUUACCCGACUCGGCAACUCUCCUCUACCUCCCUCGCAUCAACGAGCAAGCGCUCGACGUGGAUGGGUCGAGCGUCCGGCCCGACUCGCCCGCGUUCGUGACCCUGCACCGGGUCGUGAAGUCUCGGACGAGGGAGGACGAGGCGGUGUUCGGGAGCAGGGAGCCGGUUCGGGCUGGCGAGGGGGUCCGGUUCGAGGUGUACCUGAGGGAGGAGAGGGUCGUAAAGGGGAUUUUUCGAAAGGACGAGGGGCAGGAGUGGAAAUUGGAGUGCAAGUGCGCGGUGGAGAGCGAGAGCGCGAAUGAGGCUGACGUGGCGGAGGUCUACGUGGCGGUGGAGGGACACGUGGCGAUGAGUGAGAAGGUGGAGAUGGUGGUGAGGAAGAGGAGGAAGAGGAGGGGGUGUGGAGGGUUGGAGGAGAUUCCGGAAGAGAGAGAGGAGGGAAUUGAAUCGGACGACUGUUGCUGUCGUUGCGGGGAGGGGGAGAGCGGAUCGGACGGUGGAGAUUUGCAGGACGAGAUGGACAUGGAGGGAGUGAGGUGGGCUGUUGAUUUGGGGAUUUGGGUCAUGUGUUUGGGGGUGGGCUUCUUGGUUUCUAAGGCUUCUCUUAGGAGAAUGAAAGGCAGGAAAAUGUAUUGAGGGUUUUAUUAUUAUUUGUGUUUUUGAAUUCUUUGACCGGAAUUGUAAAGAAUAAUGAGUUUAUUUAUACUAGGAAUGAUAGAGCUAA